UUCAAAGAAGAAUUUGGCAGAUUAUGGCUCAAGGUACAUUUGCUGCUUCUUGGACAAGGAGCAAUGUGUGAAUCAAACCAUACCUUAAGCAAUGUCCUUUUUAAAAGGCACAAUAUAACACCUUCAAGUGCCCCAUGUAGCCUGGAGUUCAGAUUCUUGCUGUGUGAGAAAAUGAGAGCAGAGGUGUGUAGCACUUUAUCCCCAUCUUAUUUACAAGCAGUGGGAGAAUGUCUUGCAAAAUGUGAGCAGCUAAUUUUAGGCGACAACAUAUUUUAAGGUGCCAAGCCUUCCAAACAGGGAAGGAAUGUAUAUCCAGCUAGACUGCCUUUAGCUCCCAGCUGCUCUAGGACACUGGAUGUUUAUGCCACCUCCAGUACAUAAAGUCUUUUGUGCAGAGGCAUAAUCCUUUGUUGUGACAUUAGUAGAGGUAGCCAGUAUGGAAAUGAUUGUGAAAUCCCUCGUCGUAUGGAAGAGGAGGAGAAGGAGGUGCAUCCGACGUGGUUCGCAUGGCGCUAACGCUCUCCGGCCCCAAAUCCCAAGGGACUUUCCAAGUGCUAAUUAGUUAAGAGUCAGAGUUAUCUGUUGUCAGCAGUGGACAAACAAGUGGCACAGGGAGUGUGGAGCCUGAACUGGUGUUGCACAGGGACCUGAGAGGACCUGAGUAAAAUGCAGGGCCUGACUCCCAGCCCAGAACUUCCCUGGGAAAGCCCCUGACUCAAAGACACGGCUCCAUCUUUUUAAGGCCACUCGGUGAAGAGCCCAGGGGGUUCCUGUCGGGUGCCCAGGCCAGCAAGGGCGCAGAGUCCCCUCUGCUGCACUCCUCCUCCUCAUCCUUCCACGGCAGCAUUCCACCUGCUGCUUGGGAAUAAACAAAACAACCCUUUCAUAUUCUAAAGGUCUUUUUGUGCAGGUUGUGCGGAAGCCUGGUUCUAUAUUUCAGCAGCAAAUAGAAAAGAUUAUGUCCUGAUAUAAAAAAUGUAUAUAUAUAUUCUGCAUCAAUCCCAAGGUGCAAUUAAAGCAGGGAACUGCUGUCCUUUAUCAAUAACCUUCACCCCGGAGCUUUUCAUUGCCUCAUAAAACAAGCAACUCCUCCUUGCAGGAGUUCAGACAGCAGCUUUUAUCAUCAUGAAACUUUCAUUUCUUGAAGCUGGCAGCAGCGAGUACCGGGGAUGCACAGCUGCUCAUGGGGCCGUUUGCACCUACAGCGCUGAGCUUUCCGUCCCUUCCUCCUGUUCAAAGGGAAAACACUGAGCACCACAAAGCUCUGCUUAGUUAAGUCCUCAGUUUCUUGCAGCCAAAAAGGAAUGGACGUAGGUGGGGAAUGGGGGGUUGUGUCAAGAAAGCUGUCUCAGGCUUCAUACUUCUGGAGUUAAAGAGGGGAAACAAUAAAAAAUAAUAAUCAUGCUGGUACUAGGAUUUGAUUUACUCACACGGAAAGUGACCAAGCUGCAGCCCCGUAACCGCCGGGGCCACAGGAAUCCGCCCGCAUUCCCAGGAAUUUGGACAUUUUGUGUUGCACCCACUUCAGCCCGCUUUCCAGAUUGUCACUCAAGCACGGGGCACGCCCCCUUCAGGAGGCUAUUUAAAGAGGAGCUGGUGUGCUACUUUCUCCAAAGAGAGAGGAGAAACUCCGAAAGAGUGGGACUGAGUCAUUCAGCAGCCUGAAUCCCCUCCCUUCCUUUUCCUCGGGAUGCUUGGCAACUUGGGGACAGCGACCCGGACCCUGUUCCUCCUCCUCCUCACCCCUGCCUGGGCGGAACCGCAGGCCUGCCCGUCGCCGUGCCGCUGCGCCCCCCAGGCUCUGCAGUGCCCCGCCGGCACCAGCCACGUCUUGGAUGCCUGCGGCUGCUGCAAGGUGUGUGCCAGGCAGCUGGGCGAGCUCUGCUCCCUGCAGAAACCCUGCGAUCAUCACAAGGGACUCUACUGCGACUUCUCCAAGAUCCACAGAGGCAGUGGGAUCUGCUUAGCUCACGAGGGCGCGACGUGUGACCUGCUGGGCAAGAUCUACCACAACGGGGAGAGCUUCCAGCCCACCUGCACGUUGCAGUGCAUCUGCAUGGACGGGGCCAUCGGCUGCAUCCCCCUCUGCUCCGACGACCUGCGCCUGCCGUCCCCCGAGUGCCCCAACCCCCGGCGCGUGAAGUUUCGCAAUAAGUGCUGUGAAGAGUGGAUCUGUGAAGAGGGCAGUGAGGAAAACCGCUUUGAAAUGGCCAUGGCGGUUUUCAGGGAGGAUCCUGCACACAAGCCAGAGCUGAACGACCUGCAGGAGAACUGCUUGGUGCAGACCACUGAGUGGAGCGCGUGCUCCCGGAGCUGCGGCAUGGGCAUCUCUGCCCGAGUGACCAACGACAACCCCCAGUGCCGCCUGGAGAAGGAGACCCGGCUCUGCAUGGUCCGGCCCUGUGACUUCCCCAUGGAGAAGACCAAGAAGGGGAAGAAGUGUGUGCGGACCCCCAAGCCACGACAGAGCCUCCGCUUUGAGUUUUCCGGCUGCACCAGCACCCGUUCCUACCGACCCAAGUUCUGCGGCAGCUGCACAGAUGGCCGCUGCUGCACCCCGUAUGUCACCAGCACUGUGGAGGUGGAGUUCCGCUGCCCCGAGGGGGACUUCUUCCAGCGGAAGAUGAUGUUCAUCAAGAUGUGCUCCUGCCACCACGACUGCCCCCGAGACAAUGACAUCUUCCUGGCCACGUAUCACAGGAGGAUGAUCGGAGACCAUGUCAAGACGGAGAGGCAGUAGCCCUCUCGUGUCAGAUCCACAGGCCAAGGUGUCAGGAGGGCUCUGCAGCGCUUUCGCGGCUGUGUUCCCAGACAAUGCAGCCUCUUCCCCCUCUGUGAGGGGCUGUGCUCUUCAGAACAGCACCAGUGGUCCCUCUGGCCUCCCGAAAAAGCUGAAGUGUGUGGGGGAUCAGCCCCAUCUGCCCCAGGCUCCUGACCUUCCCCCGUGGUGCUGCGAAGGUCAGUGAGGGAACCAGAAACAAGCCCAAAGCUCUGGUGAGGCCACCAGCACCGGCACUGUCAGCCCCAGCCUGGCUGGCGCAGCCGGCAGCGACGUGGCUCCGUGUGCCUUGGUACCUCUGAAAACUCACCCAUUGUGUUCAGUCUCUGCUGAUUUUUAGCAGAAACAUCCAGGUAGGAGCCCGAUCUCAUUCCUAUCUCAUUCCUUAAACCUUCCUGGCCUUUCACCGCUGGAAAUCACAGUGAAUUCCCGCUCCUGCCCGAGCAGGGGCCGCGCCGCAGCCCCGAGGCCUUGCCCCAGCACGUCUCCCAGCCCCCGGCAGAGCGCGGUGCCGGAGGGCGAUCCCGGCGUCGCAGCCGCUGCCCCGCGGCCCCUCACGCCCUGCAGCGCUGCCUCGGGCCGGGCUCUCCCCUCGGCCCCUCUUUUCUUGCUCUCUCAGCCUGCGGAAGCUCGUGAGCCUUCAGCCUCCUUUUACCUGUAAUCAGUUUGAACUGUAAAUAAUUUAUCUGAUGUUUUUCUUUUUUUUUUUUUAAGGCUUCCCAUGGUUUUUAUGUCCUUUAGCAUGACCUUGCUCAGGGCUUCUCCUCCCCUUGCCCUCUGGGUCUGCUCUGGACUGUUCUCCUGCUGUUUACACAGCUCCUGUGUAUAAAACUACACUGAGGUUGCACUUUACUCAACGCUAAUAAAUCUCUCUUUAUUUUUUA